GUGAUAGAAGAAGCAACGGCCUUGGGGAAAGCGCACGCCUCUCAGCUGAUCAACCAGAAUAUCAAUGAGGGUGACUUAUCAUCAGUUUUCGACUAUUUAGUCCAUGUGUUCCAGGCAGAAGCCAAUUCUAAAACUCUUAACCAGGCUUUAAAAGAGCUUGACAAACUUUGCCCAAACACCGCCAUGAUGGCUAUCUCUUCAGACACUUCUUCUGGAAAGAUAAUCUGCUUAGCUCAAGUGCCCAAGAGCGUAGUUGCCAAGGGCCUCAGAGCUAAUGAAUGGGCGGCUAGUGUCGCACAGGCGAUGAAAGGCAAGGCCGGCGGAAAGGAAACCUCAGCCCAGGCGAUUGGAACUCAACUAGCAGCCUUGGACGAAGUCGUUGAAUUGGCAAAUAAAUUCGCGCAAAGCAAGCUUCAUUGA